CACACACACACACCACAGCUCCGUUCCUCCGUUCGUAACCGGGCAGGAGGAGGCGAGCGCGAUCAGACCUCCAGGUGUGUGUAGAUGUAUGUGUGUGUUCCAGUCACACCUGGAUGCAUCAUGUGAUCAGAUACCUGGGCGUGGAGCUAGCUUUCAGUGUGUUAUUUAGUAACGGGAAUCCCGGAACCGCAGAUCUCUGUCUCUCCGCGCGUGAGUGACAUGUGAACUUUCCGUGCACCGGGAAUCUAUUCCUCUCAGUCUGAAGGGAAUCCGUGGUCUGGACGCUGCAAAUACUGCCAAGGUUUUCCCACUCAUCAGCUUCUGGGGCAGCAGACUGUAAGAUAUUUUGAGACCAAACGAUAGGACAACAUAAGAGAACGGGACCAGAAGACAACACAAGCUGGACUCGAAUUCACCACGCCACUUCUCCACCUGAGCUCUACAUUAAUGCGCCAAGUUGCUUCAACCCUUUACAACACCGCAAACAGCCUGCAGAGUCGUGGAGGUUGAACAGACAGACACCUCACUCUUAUGUCAAGCAUCAAUUAAAGCAAUUUUCGCCUUGGAACAAUGGCCACCUGGUUACCAGCGGUCCUACUGGUGCUACAAGUAACCACUGCAUCCUCUGAAGAGCCCAUACUGGAGUUUUCCACAGACACGCCCAUCAAUAACGUGGCACAGGACCCACAGACUGGCCGUGUUUACCUGGGUGCUGUCAAUGCCAUUUAUCAGUUGAACUCUUCAUUGUAUCUUGAGGCCAGAGCUGAAACGGGGCCCAAGAAAGAUGCGAGGGGUUGCACCCCUCCGGUGUCUACUUGUCAGGACCUGAAAGACACCAACAACACCAAUAAACUCUUGCUGGUUCAUUCGGAUAACGGGUCGCUGAUUGUCUGUGGGAGCUUAUACCGAGGAAUCUGCUCUCUGCUGAACCUCACCAACGUCAAAGAGCAGAUAUACUACAGCGACAGCAAAGGGGAGCGGACCUACGCCACCAGUACCGAAGAGCAUGUUUCUGUGGUAGGAGUCAUGGCCACGCUUGAAAUCGACGAUAAACCGUUCAGCGUCUUUUUAGUCGGGAAGGGCUAUGGAAGCAUGGACAGCUCCAAACUCAUCAGCACCAGAAUCGUGCAGAACUACCGCGACUGGGUUGUGUUCGAGAGCAUCAUCGAGGCAUCUACGGUCCAGGCAGUUCCCUUCGUUCCCAAGUAUCUUCACGACUUCCGUUUUGCCUUUAAAAACGACAACUUUGUCUACUUUCUAUUUUCACGCACUCUCGGCGGGACGGACAACAAAAACUUUACUUUCGUUUCGCGUCUCUGCGAGAAUGACAAUCACUAUUAUUCGUACACGGAGCUUCAGCUUAGUUGUGGUGUGAAGAAUCGUUACAAUAAAGUCCAGGCUGCAUAUUUGACAGACCCAGGAAAGCUGGCCCAGGCCAUGUCCGAAUCUGGAGAGUACGGGAAUGUCCGGGAGUGGGACAAAGUCUUGUUUGUGGUGGCUAGCUCAGAGGAAGGGGCCACCGAAUCAGCUCUGUGUAUGUAUCCCCUUAAAAACAUCAACCAGAAACUCUUGGCCAUCGUUACCGCAUGCUACACAAACAAUGGCAAGAUUGAUGACAGAUUAGUUGUGGAGAGUCCCUACACGUCCAGUAAAGAUGAUCCAUGUGUCAAACAUGAUAAAGACAUUGUAAACCAGUACAAGUGCGGAGCCGAUUUUCUCCCGUCUCCAUUGGCCAGUCGACAGGAGUUUGCCUUGAAGGCCAAUCCCCUCUUCGUCAGGCAGAACCUGCUGACCGCAGUGGCCGUGGCUGUCGAGAAUGAUCACACCAUUGCUUUUCUUGGACACAAUGCCGGAGAGGUGAUCAAGGUACAUUUGUCAAACCAGCCAGAGGCGUACAACCCCGGUCCGGGCUACAAAACCAGCGGCUACAUAAAUAAGAACCUUUUCUUUGACAAAACCCAGGCGCACUUGUACAUCACCACUGAGAAAAAGAUCACAAAGGUGCCCGUACAGGCCUGCCAUCUGAAGUCAGACUGCCGGUCGUGUGUCGCUCAGAGAGAUCCGUACUGUGGCUGGUGUGUCCUGGAGGGAAGAUGCACCAGGAGAUCGGAGUGCAGUCGCGCAGAGGAAAAGAACGGUUGGCUGUGGAGUCCGAACCAACAGUGUGUGAAAAUCGUCUCUUUCCACCCGCCAAAUCUCAGCUGCUUGAAGUCCCAGCAGGUUGAGAUAAACGUCCGAGCGCUGCCGAUCCUCAGAGAUUCAGACCGUAUCCACUGCGCCUUCGGCUCUUAUCAGAGCACUGCCAGGAUGGUGGACGGCCGAAUCAGUUGCCGCUUACCUGAACAGCAUCUUAUACCGCCGACACCUGCGCACCAAGAUUUCGUGGCGGUUCCGGUGCACAUCUUUGUGAACGGUAGCGUGGAGGUGGCGUCCAGCGAGUACAAGUUCUACAACUGCGCAGCGACAGUCCGGAAAGCAGAGAAUACGCCAUGCACUUCCUGUGUAAGCAGCGCUUGGGGAUGUCAGUGGAACAUUGCGGCGCACACCUGCACGGAUCUGAGCGACGCAGAAACCGGCGCCAAUAUAAUCAAACACAGACAGAACAAGAGCUGUCCGCGGUUCGAGAAUCCAGAUCCCGUCCUUAUCCCGGUCGGAUACAAAACCCGGAUCAGUUUUGAGGGCAUCAAUCUGGACCCGUACAAGGGCCGUGAUUUCACCAUCGGAACAGAGCUGAUGAAGCUUGAGGAAGAUGUCAAGAUGGAGCCGGGACCCUUCUACUCUUUCAGCGGUUAUGUGUUUUCCUUUGAUAAAGCUCAUGAGACCAGCGUUCUGUUCCACGUAAGAGACAGAUUCACGGGAAAGAAGAUCGACAGCAGUCUUAGCGUCACUCUGUAUAACUGCUCUCUGGGACGUGAAGACUGCAGCCUGUGUAAGAACGCCGACCUCAAAUACCAGUGUGUGUGGUGCACACAGACCAGCUCGUGUGUGUAUGAGCAGCUCUGUGCCUCCAGAGAGCCGGAGGAGUGUCCCGACCCCCAGAUCACUGACAUCACGCCGAGAUUCGGUCCACUGAAAGGAGGAAUAGCUGUCACUAUUAAGGGCACGAACCUGGGCAUUCAGAAGGACGACAUUAAGAACAUCACAGUGGCUGGAGUGCCGUGCAAACACCUGCAGGAACGAUACUCCGUCUCCACCAGUGUGGUGUGUGAAAUCGGCUCGGCAAAACUCUACAAAACCGGAGAGGUGGAAAUCGAGGUGGGCAGAGGAAAGAAAGGCAUAUCCACAAAAACGGUCCGCUUCACGUACAGGGACCCUGUAGCACAGAGUGUGUCUCCUGAACGAGGUCCUAAAGUAGGAGGAACCAUCCUCACUAUCAUUGGCAUGAACCUGAACACCGCUUCAAAAGAAGACCUUCAAAUCAUGGUGGGCGAUGUGCCCUGCCGAGUUGAGAGCUUUGGAGAGCGGAUCACCUGUAAACUGUCUGAGUAUCUGGGCGAUACGGUUCCGUCGCCUCACCUCACCGUCAGAGUUCAAUACGGCAAACACACCACAACCACCAUCAGGACGGCCUUUCAGUUCUCCAACAACCCUUCUGUGUCCGACCACCAACCCAGAAGCAGCUUCAUCUGCGGUGGCAGAACAAUCAUGGUGGUUGGUUCUGGAUUUGACCUGGUCCAGAAGGCUUCUAUCAGGGUGGUGGCGUCGGCUGGAGAAUGGUCCAGACAGACCGUCCCAGAAGAGUUUGUAGAGCUGUCCACAUUCAAAAACGACACCUUGAUCAAGUUUGUGUCACCUGCGGUCAACGAGUCUCAGUUCUUCAGGAUGUAUGUGCAGCUCGAUAACCUCCAGACCGAGCUGACACCGUUUGAGUAUCACCCCGACCCCACGUUCGAUCACCUCAGCAAGACCGUUAUCACUGAGAACAGCAUGAUCAUCGUGACUGGUCGUGGUUUUUCUAAAGCGAUGACGGCGAAAGAAGCGCAGGCGUUUGUGGGAGACGCCCAGUGUAACGUAAACACGUUACAGGAUGAUAAAUUAUUCCUGGACCCGCCGUCGACUGUACCCAGUGCUCGAUCCAAGAGACAGAGGAGAGACACCGGCUCCGACCCACUGGACCUGGUGAUUAAGUUUGGCAAUGGCGAGUGGUUGGUCGGCUCAGUUCGGUACGAGAGGAAGUACAAUCUCCCGCUGCCCAUCAUCAUCCCUGCGGUGCUUGUUCCCAUGCUGCUGAUUAUCGCCAUCUCCGUCGUCUGCUACAGGAGGAAGAGCCAGCAGGCAGAGCGAGAGUACGAGAAAGUGAAGCAUCAGCUGGAGAAUCUGGAAGAGAGUGUUCGUGACCGCUGCAAAAAAGAGUUCACAGAUCUGAUGAUCGAAAUGGAGGACCACACUAACGACAUCAGCGAGGGCCGGAUCCCGUUCCUGGACUACAAGACCUACACAGACCGCGUCUUCUUCCUGCCCUCGAAGGAUGGCGCCAACGAUGUCAUGAUCACCGGCAAACUGGAUAUCCCAGAAUCCCGCAGGGCUACGGUCACCCAAGCGCUGAACCAGUUCUCCAACCUGCUCAACAGCAAAACUUUCCUCAUCAAUUUUAUCAGAACGCUGGAGGGCCGUCCGGAUUUUAACGCCAGGGCCAAAGUGUAUUUCGCAUCUCUGCUGACCGUAGCGCUUCACGGUAAACUGGAGUAUUACACAGACAUCAUGAGGACGCUUCUGCUGGGGCUCAUGGAGGAUUACGUUCACAGCAAGAACCCAAAACUGCUGCUCCGCAGGUCUGAAACGGUGGUGGAAAGGAUGCUGAGUAACUGGAUGUCCAUCUGUCUCUAUCAGUACCUGAAGGACAGCGCCGGAGAGCCGCUCUACAAACUCUUCAGGGCCAUAAAGCACCAGAUAGAAAAGGGGCCGGUGGACGCACAGGUCAAGAAAGCCAAAUACACGCUGAACGACACCGGCCUUCUGGGAGAUGACGUGGAGUACGUUGUGCUGACGCUGCAGGUGCUGGUUCAGGGCGAGGGGCCGGACAUCACCCCCGUGAAGGUGCUGAACUGUGACACCGUCUCUCAGGUGAAGGAGAAGAUCAUCGAGCAGGUGUACAAAAACCUGCCGCACUCUCAGAGACCCAAAGUAGACAGCGUCACCCUCGAAUGGCGGCCCGGCUCCACGGGACAGAUCCUGUCCGAUCUAGACGUGACGUCACAGAAGGAGGGCAGGUGGAGACGCAUCAAUACGUUGGCGCAUUACAACGUACGUGAUAAUGCAACGGUGGUGCUUUCCAGAGUCCAGCACACACAACAGUCGUACGACCAAAAUCACGAUAACCACGAAGAGAGAAACGCCCUGCUGGAGGAUGAUAAAGUUUUUCACCUGGUGCGACCGGCCGAUGAGCUGGAUGAGAUGAAAUCUAAGAGAGGCAGUAUAAAGGACAAAUCCAUGACCAAAGCCAUCACUGAGAUUUAUCUCACCCGACUGCUCUCCGUCAAGGGAACGCUGCAGCAGUUCGUGGAUGAUUUCUUUCGCAGUGUGCUCUGUUCUGGUGCCACCGUCCCGCCGGCAGUUAAAUACUUUUUCGACUUCCUGGAUGAGCAAGCCCUCAGACAUGAGAACGUAGACGAGGAAACCAUCCACAUCUGGAAGACCAACAGUUUGCCGUUGCGUUUCUGGGUGAACAUACUGAAGAACCCUCACUUCAUUUUUGACGUGCAUGUGAGCGAGGUCGUGGACGCUUCUCUGUCCGUCAUCGCUCAGACCUUCAUGGAUGCCUGCACAAAAACAGAGCACAAACUUAGUCGGGAUUCUCCCAGCAACAAAUUACUCUAUGCAAAGGAGAUCUCCACCUACAAAAGGAUGGUAGACGAGUACUAUAAAGGAAUCCGGCAGAUGGUGUCAGUCAGUGACCAGGAAAUGAACACACAUCUGGCUGAAGUGUCACGGGCACACACAGAUAAACUGAACACACAAGUGGCUCUUCAUCAGCUCUACCGGUACGCCAGCAAAUACUACGAUGGGAUCAUCAUGUCUCUGGAUGAAGAUCCUGCUGCUCAGAGUAAACAGUUAACGCUGAGACUGCAGCAGAUCGCCGCAGCGCUGGAGAACAAAGUGACCGACCUCUAACCCUGUCAAAGAAAACGAUGAAUGAACGCUCUCAGUCUGUAUUUAGCUCGUCAUCACUAUAAUCAGAUGUUCAAUUUCUUCCUGUGUAGAGACAAAGGUUUUAAGAAUCGUAUUCUAUAUUUUUUUUAAUGUGCAGUCUUUAUGCAGAAAGCUUUAUAAGAGGAAAAUAACUUUUUAAAUAGAUGGCCUUGUGUCAGUUGUUUUUAAAGCUUCUGUUUGUUUGUUUGUGUGUGAGUGUGUGUGUGUGUGUGUGUGUGUGUAUAAAAGGAUGCCUAUAUUUUGACCAAAAGGGAGCUGCCCAUGUCCCUGCAGUGUGUGUGAGCAGGGGGUGUGCCUACGGUGAGGUCACAUCUGGUCUCGUCCAAUCAAAAGCAGCUGAAGGUGACAGCAGGAAUUGCGUGGGAUGUGUUCGUAACAGCAUACUAGCAUACUACCCAUAUGUACUGUAUGUGUAGGGUGUGCAAAUGUCCUUUAUCUGUAACAUUUGCCAAAACAUGCACAUUUACCGUUGUUGUUCGGUGAGUUUUCACUGACAAAUCCAUGCUGAAAUUUCACAAAUGGGACCACACCUUAACAUAAGAGUACACUGCACUAGGUACUAUAUCCCACAAUGCAAUGCACUCAUCUUGACCUUCGAUUUCUUGUGUGAUCUAAUAUCAUCUAUCAUUAUUAACAUCUCCUUUUUAACUCAUUAUUCGAGUCAAAAGUUGAGACAUUUCUACACAAAAUAGCGUGUAGUGCAGUAUGCUAGUAUGUUAUUCCAAACGUAUCCGUUUAGAUGAUCAAAUGGCCGUCCGUUUCAUAACCACCCUUUUCAUUUCAGUCUUAUGGACUCACUAGUAGAUCCACAGAAAAUCAAUACAGGCAAUAAUAAAUAAAAACUAAGUUGUCAUUAGGCAUUUCUUUUUUUAAAGCACGAUGGUACCUGUGAAAAGUCUUUAUUUCAGAAAAUAGUUUUAUUGUGAAAGCUUCGCUACUGACUGAAUUUAUUACAUGAAGCACAAAUUGUUGAUGUACAGGACAGAUUUUUGGCCGUGAUAUAAACGUGUUUGAGUCCUGAAACAGGCUCUAGGCAAGAUUGUAAAUGCUUUAGCUACACAAACUCGAUUUCAGCUUGCAUAGACUGUGUUUCUGGCCUGAGAUGGUUGAGCAGAGCUGAGAGGACUGACUGAAAACUUCUCAUCGGACUCUUUGCGGCUCUGUUGGAAAGGGUUUGGAUGUGUGAUCUGGAUCGUUAAUGGCUUUAUUUUGGCAGGGAGGAUAAUGACACACUAAUUUGUUUAUUCGCCACUAAACAAGAUGGUACUAUAGCACUCAGCCAAAAUUCUGCUCCUAGAGACGCUUUUAUCUUUGGAAAAAAACUUUUUUACAGCUCUGUGACAUUUGCAAUUGAUUGAGUGUCUUAAAGACGUCAAGAAAAGGCUUGGAGCUUUUUGUUUUGUGUUACUGGCUGGAAAAAAUCUAAUUGCUAAUGCUAGUCGGAGCAGGUGUGUAUAUUUUAGAGGAAAGGGACAGUCUCAUUCUACAGCACAUUGUGGACAAUGGGACAUUUCAUGCAUAUACACUACCGUUCUCCAGUUUGAGCUCGUUAAGGCUCACCAAAACUCACAGAAAUAUUGUGAUAUAAUAUUCCAAUUUAAUGUAAUGGUUUUCUAUUCGAAUAUAUUUUCAAAUGCAAUUUAUUCCUGGGAUGCAAAGCUGAAUUUUCAGCAUCAUUACUCCAGUCUUCAGUGUCACAUGAUCCUUCAGAAAUCAUUCUAAUAUGCCGAUUUGGUGCUCAAGAAACAUUUCUUAGUAUUAUCAAUGUUCAAAACAGUUGUGAUAUUUUUUGAUGAAUUUAAAGUUCACAACAACAGCAUUUAAUUGAAACAUAUUUUUAUAAAUGUCUUUACUGUCACUUUUGAUCAAUUCAAUGCAUCCGUGCUGAAUAAAUGUAUUAAUUUCCUUUUUUUUAAAUCUUAGCCUACUUGAACUUUUGAACGGUAGUGCAUAUGUUUAAACCAAGCAAUAAGGUACUAGAAUAUCAAGUUGAAAAGGUUUUGUUAGGCGUUACAAAGUUAAACUGUUCUAUGUAAAAAUAUUACAUACUUUUCAUGAGCCUCCUGCCAGAAAAUGUAGUCCCUGACAUGUAAACGAAUUUAUUUUGUCAGCAUUUAAGAGUACAUUAGCUUUCAUUCAUCAGCCUCGAAGCUAACAGACAUGAAGUAAAAACCACAAAACUCCCAAUUGUACUUUCACAGGGUGUUUAAAGAGGUUUUCUGUGAACGUGGCCCACUGAACUCAAGGUUUUAGCGAUUCAGGGAGUUCUCUGUGGAAGUGGCCUGAUCUCGCUGGCCGUUACUGAUCUGAGAGCAGCAGUAUCACGGCAGCAGAUGGCCUGCGAUGUCAGACAUUGAGAUCCCUCCGUUUCUGUCGGGGAGUUGGGCAGAGCUGCUUGGCGUGAAGCGCUUUGGCACGGGCCAGCCUUCCCUCUCUCUUCCCGUCUGCUUUAAUACAACCAGCGGGAGCUGCGUUUGAUCGUAACUGCAUGCGUGAUUCUGACUCCAUGCUUUCGAAUCUACCCUCGCCAAUUACUCUUUGAUUUUAAAGGGAUAGUUCACUUAAAAAAUAAAUCAUUGUAAUCAUCACGUUUACUCACCCUCAUGUUGUUCCAAAUAUCGUACACAAAAGAAUAGGGUUGGGUUGAAAAUAAUGAUUCCUCAGUUUUGAUCGAUACUUAUUUUAAAUGAGAAUCUUCUUAAAUGCCAAGAAUCCAUCUUGAUGCUCGAACAAAACUUCACUAAACCUUAUUUGAUUGUUUGUAGCAUGCCUCCUAUCCAAUAAAUCGCAAUAAGCGUUGUUACUUUUGAUAUGAGACUACGUCUUAGCUUUCAAAUUCUCGCUAUUUUAUUAUGAAAUUCAAUAAAUAGAUUGCUGUGGCGCCUCAGUUCAAACUGCAGCGCGGAAAGCAAAUCACCUUCCUCGUUACUAAAAAAUUAGGAUGAAAUAAACAUGAACGAACAUAAGAAGGAAUGUUGAAAGAUACAGUACAACUUGCCAAAAUGUGUUGUGUCUCAUGUAAUUGCAAUCGAAUUCCAACCACAGGAAGACGCCAAUAAACAGAGUAACAAUGUCACGUAACGUACAUUUAUCUCAGGAAAGCCAUUCAGUGUCUAUAAACUCAACCGGUAGGUAGAAAAAAUAAGGAAUAUUUUGUUAAAUAUAUGUGCUAUAUUAAAUAUUUAUUGUAUUUUUAUUUCACCUGUACCUCAUUAUUUAAUGUACGUUUGAAAAAAUCCAUCAUGAAAAUAAGCUUUUAUGACAGCCACCAUUUAGGCCUAAAUGUUUCAAAAACGUAACAGAAGCAUAAUUAUGUAAUUACCAUAAAAACUGCCUGAUGUGCAGUUUAAAUGUUUGUAUACAAAACUGUUUAAACCUUUAAUAUUAUAGUGAUGAACCAACUGACAGCAUUAGUAGAUUUUUUUUUUCUUCAAAAGUGAAUCAAAAUCAAAUCUAGAUCCGAACUGAAUCAAACUGCAAGCUCGUGAAUCAAAUUGAAUUUCUGAAGAAUCUUCACACAUUUCCUGCCAUAAAAAGACAAAAAUUCCUCCUUUUGUGUUCCACAGGAAAAAUUAAAGCAUACAGAUUUGGAACGACAUGACAUUGAGUAAAUAAUUUUCAUUUUUAGGAUGAACUCUCCCUUUAAAGCACAAGCACAGAUGCAAGUCUCCGUACUCGAGUGUAAAACGCUUCUUUUAACGCCUUUCUGUAGCCAAAACGUGCCUUAAAAAGUGUUCAAUGUGAUGGUAAGGUGUUGAAGACGUCAGGGUGGGUGGGGUUUCGGUAGUCGUGGGGCGUGUAGAGGUCAGAGGUCGUGGCGUACGUGAAGUGUGGUGUUAGACAUCAGUAAGUGCAGUAUUCAGAGGUGUGCUGUAGCCAGAAUUUGCCAAUAUAUUUGACCAUGCUGUAUGUAUAGAGCAAAAGCGCCGUUUUUAAUAUCUUUUGGGUGUUUGUGGUGAGUGUGUGCGUGUGCUUUUUAGGAGUUUUACUGCAUUGGGAAAAAUGCUUGAGCUGAAUAAAUGUGUGGAGGAGAAUGUCAAAACGUUCCCUCCGGACAGCUGCCAUUACGUUUGGUCUUUAUGCAAAACGAAUUAUUGAUUAGCACAGAUGUUUUUAUUAUUGUACCGACCCGAAAUUGUGUUUCAAUGGUGUGUAUGAAGAACAAACAAUCUGUACACGACCUUUUCUUACUGCUGUGCAGUUAAUAUUUUAUGUCCUAAAGAAAAUAUAUGCCUUUGUAUUAAAAUGCAAAUCUGUCUACACUGUUCUCCUGUGCGUUAUGCUCUGAGAAAACUUGUUUGUUGUUGUCGACAUCUUCUUUUUUUUUUUUUCUUCUUCUUUUUUUUUCCUUUCCCUUGUGAAUGUGCCGAGAGCAAAGUGUUGUGGGAUUGCAGAGGACUACGAGUGCUCUUUGUGGACUCUCGGAGGACUGAUUUUGUGUGUGUGAACUGUGCCGCCACAGGUCUGAUCCUUAUAUGAAUAAAUAUACACGUCCAUUUCUCAAGU